AUGGCUAAAAUAGCGAGCGUUGAUUUCGAAGUCCUAGACGCUGCUGGCAAGAAUUAUUUGAGUUGGCAUGUGGACCUGAAGUUCCACUUACGUGCCCAGGGCUUAUUAGCCACAAUUUCAACUCCUGCUCCAUCGGCUCAGGUCACUGUUACGGGUAAUGCUGUAAAUAAUGCUGAGGUUGCUACUACAGUGAUCGUCUCUGAUAUAGAUAAGGCGAAAGCCAUUAUCUACAUCAGGAGACAUAUUGAUCGGACCCUGAAGGCCGAAUACCUGACUGUAGAGGACCCAAAGGAAUUGUGGACUGCACUUGAGGACCGAUACAAACAUCAGAAAGAUGUAAUCCUCCCACGUGCACGUUAUGAGUGGGAAAACCUCCGACUUCAGGACUUUAAGUCCAUAGCUGAGUAUAACUCAGCACUUCAUAAUAUCACCUCACGCCUGAAGUUGUGUGGUGAAGAAGUUUCGGAGGAACGCAUGUUGGAGAAGACUUACACAUCCUUCCACGAGAAUGAUGCAAUCCUCAUGCAACAGUACCGCGAACGAAAGUUCAAAAAAUAUUCUGAAUUGCACUCCACCCUUCUGAUGGCGGAGCAAAACAGAGAAUUGCUUUUGGCCACUCAUAACCUACGCCCUGCAGGCUCAGCUCCUCUACCCGAAGCUCACAUGUUUACUUCCCAGAAGCAGAAGAAAAAGCAUAAGGGUAAAUUCAACAAGGGGAAAGCCCCUAAGUGGCAGGCCAGAUAUACACCCCAGAAAAACAACCCUCCCUAG